AUGGACGAAAAGGGGAAACUACGUACUUCCGGUCCGAGGACUAACGGUCGCGCGAGACUCCGAGUUGCUAGUCGGUUGCGGAGCGAUGGUGCUCGAGGGGACCGAGGUCUGGGUGUGAAGCUGCGCGGAGACUGCUUGGACACGCAAAACCGUCUGCCUGUGAAUAUGAGCAAGGAAGAGCCGCGUCGAGCCGCUUCAUUCAAGUUCACCAUCGACAGCAUUCUCAAUCUCAAGUCGAGCGCACGAGCGUUUGACAGCUGUCACUCGAAGGCGACGCGCGUCCCAGUCCGCGGAGACGCGCUUCCUCCGACUCAGCGCGAGGACACUCAGACCGAUGCUGUAACCUCAGGAUGCUGCGAGGAUGACCCUUUCCAGAGCGCCGCCAGCGGAAGCGCAGCAGACACGCGCGACAGCGGCACAGACAAGAGCACGCGGACGGCGGCGGCGACGAAAAAGAAAACGCGCACCAUCUUUUCCAAGCGUCAGAUCUUCCAGCUGGAGUCCACGUUCGACGCCAAGCGCUACCUGAGCAGUGCGGAGCGCGCGUGCCUGGCCAGCUCUCUGCAGCUCACCGAGACUCAGGUGAAGAUCUGGUUCCAGAACCGGAGGAAUAAAUUAAAAAGGCAGCUGCUGUCGAGUGAAAUGGACGGCGCGAGCGCCGAGUUCAGCGACAACGCAAAGACAGUGGCGCUUCCGCUGUUCUAUAAAGAAAGCGCUUUAUUAGGGAGAUGUUUAUUACCGACACCGCUGCCGCUCGUGUAUCCCGGAGGCAGUGCGCCUUACUUGUGUUUCUCAAACGCCAACAAGUACUUCGGACUUUUCGAAGGAGAUGUCUGA